ACGCUCAAAGCCGGAUGGCAGCAGACGACCACCUGCUUUGAUUUCUGCACGCUUUCUGGAACGUCUUCUGCUGUGUUCUGUUGGCGUUCUACGCCGUGGAAACCGGCCUUGUUAUGGCUGGCAAUAGGCGUCUGUUGAUUUCCACAGCUUUAGUCGUCGUCUUUGUGCUUGUGCCGGUGUCUUCGUUGCCGACGACGGGUUCAGCCGCGGCGCCCUCAUCGCCAGUGUCAUCGCUUGACGAAAAUUCGUCUGCGACAAAAAGUGACAAUGAAGCGGGGGUUUCGGUUUUAAAAUGUGCCUGUGGUGUUGACGUUAGCGAUUGUCCCGCAGGUAGGACUGCAAAAACAACCAAGUGUCCGUGUGGGUUGAUGUGCGCGAGGCUAACGGGUGAAAAGUGCUCGUCGGAUGAGCCCUGUGCCAAGGAGUUCGGACUGUCCUGCGACCCCGUCGGCCUUAUCUGCAAGGGUAAAAUUCAAAUCGAAAAGAUUGAGGUGACGUACAACACAGCGUCUUUACGAUGGAAGAUGAGGCAAUACCCCACCCCGAUCCCCGGUGUCUUCUACACGCCUCGCUACGUCGGAUCGGAUACAAGGUGGACCAACGCUGAGCCGAACGAGUCGUCAGUGACCUUGAAGAACCUUCGGCCAGAUACAGAGUACGUGGUUCGAAUCAUGCAGGAUGGGACUCAAGAAAUGACUCUCUUCAGGACGAAAGAAGCACCAGCUCCUGCAGCAGCUAAAGUCCUGGUCACGAGUUCAAGCCCAAGUUCCCUGGUCUUAGCUUGGGAUGACUUCAAGGUUCCAAGCUACGACGCCGGCUACGUCCUCCAGUAUCGACUAAUGACUUCACAAAACGAUCAGUCCUGGGAAACCAUUCAGUUGGACAACACACCCUUGGCCAUCCUGGACCACUUGAAGCCUCAGACAGCCUAUCAGGUCAAGGUCUCCGUCUGGGAAGACAAAGAGACGGCGAAACUGGGAGCCACGUCCGAGGUACUCACGGUCUUCACGACUGACGGCUGCGUGCGAUUCAACCAGACGUACCGCGUUGGCGAAGAAUUCGACGAAGGAUGCGACUUGCGAUGUCUCUGCCGCGGGAACGACCAGGGCGAUUGCAAGCCACGAUGUGUGGAACCUUACAUGAAAGUGGGAACAAUGGCUUCCGACCCUCUCUGCUACGAGAAGAAGCUGCCGGACGACCCCUGCUGUGUCAGCGUGCGCUGCGCCCAGGGAAAGACUGGCGACGCUGAAGGCAAAACAUAUUCGGAAAAGCCGGGCAAUUGUCCCGAGAUUGUCGAAGACCAGAGCACUGAUCCGGACUCCUGCUCCACGGAAUGCCAGAGUGAUUUCGAAUGCAGCGGUACCCUGAAGUGCUGUCCAAGUUCUUGCGGUGGCGCUGUCUGCGUGGAAGCCUUCUCGGGAAAAGACGCAUGUGAAAACGUCUUUUGCGGCACCAAUGCGUUCUGCAUCAUGGAGAAGAACACACCUGUCUGUCGCUGUUUGGAAGGCUACAGCGGCGACCCCAAUGACGUCACUUCCGGCUGUGUUCAAGGUCCAGCUGUGGUUUCUGCAAAGCCAGAUGAAGUGUGCUUGUACAACAACCAGACGUAUCCAAUCAACGAGGUCUUCUACGACGGGUGCAAUCUUAAGUGUCACUGCACGGCGCAGAGUGAGGUGGAAUGCCAGCAGAGGUGUGCCUUUCCAGCGGAUAGCAGCAUCCCCGUGGAAGUGGAUCCCAUGUGCGAAUUAGUUGGGGAUCCUCAGGAUAGUUGCUGCAAUAUCCUGGUCUGCGAUACGUCUCUUAAUGGCACGGCGAUGCAGAACGAGACUUCAUCCCAAGAUGGCGUUGAAGGGGUGAAGGGCACGUCGGUGAGAAAUAACGACGUAGAGGUGACGACGACAGUUCCUGUGGGGAAUACGACUCUUGUCGACGAUGACAUGGCGACCACAAUAGUCUAUCGUCAAGAAACGGUAACUGAGAAAAUGCUUGUGGACACCGGCAUGACUACCAUUGUGAACGUGCUGGAAGGCACAGAAAGCCCCCUUGAUAAUUCGGCCGAAGAACAGUCUACGAACAACGUCACGGUCGCAGGAAACAACAUUACAGACACGGGAGCGCCUCGUAUUAUUGGCAAGCCCCAUAGAUCGGAUGGCUGCGAAUUCGGAGGCAAAGUUUACGGUGCCGGUGAACAGUUUUUUGAUGGCUGCGAGUCAAAAUGCACGUGCAGCGGCAAAGGCCAUUUGUCUUGCGUCCCGAGAUGCAGUCUGAUGAAUGCUGCGCCUGGGGACACCUGCAAGGAAGUAGCUGAUCCGAACGAUUCUUGCUGCAAACUGCUCGUCUGUUCGCCACCUGGUGACACCAUCGCUGCCUCGGGGGUGGAAGGCCUCAAGCUGCUGCUUGAUUCGGCCGAAGCUGAGAACGGUACCACCGUCAGAAUUCGUUGGACUAUGGCGGACGCUGACAAAACGACACACGAUUCCUCUGACACCAUGGUACAGGUGUGGUACGCCGAGGCGAGAGAUGGCAAUGGCGGCAUCCAAUGGAUGAAGCAGAAAUACAAGUUGAGCGACAUGCGCACCGUACAUUCAUCAACUUACGAAAUGCUCCUUGGAAACCUGAGACCCGAAACCGACUAUUACCUCAAGGUUGUGCGGCCGCCUCGAGAAGACGGCGAUUCUGAAUCUGGAACUUCCAGCAACACCGUGAAAGUCAGGACCUUUGCGUCAGUGGUGAAGACGUCGUUCAAAGGCUGCGUCCACCGCAACCGCACAUACGAAGCCGGAGAAGUUUUCUACGACGGCUGUGACCACAAGUGUGUCUGCCACGAAGAAGGACUCAUCGAAUGCCAGGACAGGUGCGAAGUGUACAUCGACACGGUCGGCUUCGAGGACUGCCAUUGGGGGCCAGCUCCUGGCGAACCUUGUUGCAUGGUUCCCUUCUGCGACGGCAAGCCACCCGUACCUCGGAAAUCGAAUGAGACACCACGACCUCAGACGUGCCUGGAUGAUUCUGGAAAGACGCAUCCCGUAGGAGACACGUGGGAGUACGGACAAGGCUGCACCCGUCGUGUCUGCACGUGCGUGAUGCUCGCCAAUGGAACUGCCACCUCAGAAUGUGUCGGGGGCUGCCCACCCCUGUCUGAACUCCUGCCUGUACCUAGCAGCGAGUGUCCACAGCCCAUUGUUGUGAAGCCGGACGAUCCCUGCGUCUGUCCCUACAUCAUGUGCAAUGGAGCUCGAAGUGCCGCCGUUGACGCAGCUCCUCCCAUGUGCAAGUACGACGGACGCUUCUACAACGUCAACGAAGAGUUCUACAACGGGUGCGUGGAAGUGUGCCACUGUGGCAGCAACCUGCGUGUCAACUGCGCCCUCAUCGAGUGCCCUCACCACUUCAAUCACCAUCUGAGUGAAUGCCUCGAAUGGGACAUUGACCCCACACACGAACCCGAGCCUCCCAACUGCUGUCCGCCUACGAAAUGCAAGAAAGAUGGAGCCUGCCUCUUCAACGGCAUUAAGUUCCGCAACUUCCAACUCAUUCCGCAACACAUGGUGGACUGCGGCAAGCGUUGCGUCUGUGUGAACGGCAAUGUGUCUUGCGAGAACCGUUGCCCGCCACUCAACAGCUCUCCACCGCCAACGUUGCCUUGCCAUCCUUCUCAAGCCUACAGGGGCCAUUUGCCAGGGGAUGAAUGCUGUACACAUUGGAUGUGCCGGGAACCCGAGAAGCCUGUGCACUGCGUCUUCCAAGGGAAGCGCUACAAGGUGCAUGAGCAGUGGGAGGCGUCCAAGGGCCCUCAACGGCGCCUCUGCUCAUGCAAACUGCUCCCAACGGGAGAGCCCGAAGUGGAAUGCUCGGGCGGCUGUCCGCCUAUUCCUGACCGCUUCCAAAAGCCCAACCCUCAGUGCCCGCGACCGGUGUUGGUCACUCCGAACGACCCUUCUGUGUGUCCCUACAUUGUGUGUAGCCACACGCCGUCAGGCAAAGAGUUGCAGAACGUCAGCGUGGUUGCCGUGAACACGACUACGAUCCGCGUACGCUUCACUCUCUCCCAAGUCCUGAUUGGCUUGGUCGGACACGCGGAGCUCCACUACACGACGGAUGCCACCCUGCCUCGGGAGUUCUGGAGCACGCAGAAAUUCGCUCGACCGAAGAGACUUUUCGACACGCCCAACAUCGAGUAUUACCUGUCCGGAUUGACCCCCGAAACGACGUACUUCUUCCAGAUUAGGAUUAUCAUAGACGAACUCCAGUCUGGACCCGAAAGCGAUGUCUACAAGCUCCUCCUGCCUGCUGAACCUACCACCACAACAACUGUUCCACCUCUCCUGCUCCUGGACAUGAUGAUGGCGGUGAACAGCAUUGACCCUCACACAGCCAAGGUGUCCUGGCGACCACUUGAUGCACGCGAGAAGAAAUACGUGGAUGGACUUCAGGUUCGCUACAAACUGGUUGGUCACGACAGUAUGCCGUGGAAGACAACGCCUAUGAUUCACAGGGACCGCACGUCAUACCUUUUACAAGACCUCGAACCCAAUGCGUCAUACUUGGUUGACAUGCAGUUCACGGUACCAGAAGGUCUGCCUACUCACAUCGAGUCGGCUCAUCACGUUGAGAUGAAGACUGCCCAUCCACCGAAGGAUGACUUCGUCUUCGAAUUGAUCAUCAACCUCAAGAAAACGGAACCGUUCUCGGCAUCGUUUGUGCUCGAAGGUAUUCCGGAGCCCAUCGCGAAGUACGUCAAUGUCUUCAAGGUGAUGUACAAGAGCGAUGCAGCCAUCGAACAGUCGCAGAACUUCAUGGUGCUGAGGGAGCCGAAGCUGGUGCUUGAGAACUUGAAGCCGUCGCAAAGGUAUAAAGUCUGGGUUGAUGCGUACCUCACCAAUGGAAAAACAACAUCGUCGAACGUGUUGGAGUUCCACACGAAGCCUGGCCCAGUGACUACGGCGCCACCUACCACUACUACCACCACGGAAUCUAACGAGAUUGAGGAUAGCAAAGCUGUCGCCUUCCAUAGUACGGAAGACAAGAGGACUACCGAAACGUACUACAUUGCCCUAAUAAUCGUCGCCAUUCUGGCCGUUGUGGCAUGCCUUGCAUUUGCCAUAGCACUGGUGAUGCUGCUGAAAAGACAGUCAACGGCUAAGGCUCCCAUUACGAGAAAUCCGUCAGAGUCAGCUUACGACAAUCCUACUUACAAGACAUACGACGGGGAGAAGCCGGAGGAGAAAAACGGCAACGUGCAAGCGUGAUAGCGACUCUAGGCCUAUAUUGUAAUAUAGUGUUAGUAUAAAUAAUGUUCAUACAGUGUUCCUGCACAUACCUUGUAAAUACAUACUUAAAAACUGAACGGAUGGAUGCGUGAACACGAAUGAGGUUUGAGCUAAAUUUCCUUUCUUGCUGCGUGAUUGUGCUGGAGAUUGUGAAGGUAUGCGUGCCAUGUUUUCCUUUUUUUUUUCAUCUGGAGUGUACUUAAGUGAUACGAAUAACUUAUUAUGACGAUGACGUAGUCAAGUUGUCGCAUUUCUGACUUUGUUGUCGUAAAGGGACUCUCUCUCUCUCUCUGUUGGAGAAGACGUCACAUUCUAUAGGACACUUAAAUAAUAUGCAGUGUGUGUAAAAGCUUUUCUGUUAUUUCAUAUAUUUGACGCUCAGAGCAAAAGAAAUAUGAAGUCACACGUGCAGCUAAUAACGAUAUGGAACGUCAGUGAUUGACAAUGGUGCCUUGAUGGUUAUGUAUAUUUCUAUUUCUUGCCAGUUUGUUUUAUAAUACUAGCACUGUUAGGACAACCUUAGGUUGAUAACAGAACUAAUAGGUAGUCGCAGUUGACUAUAAAAAGACGUCACAAGUUGCUAGUUUUGAUGUGACACUUUUCCGUGUCGAACUGAAGUGAUUGUUUAAAGAUAGUGUGAACGUGUUUAGGGAUUCUUAAACGUCAUGUCGAGAGAUGCCAAAAUUAUUUUCUGGUGUAUAUGUAGUUUGUGUAUUUUUGUAUAAAAUAAAUUUCUAUGAAGCUUU